CAAACCUCUAACUACUAUGCCUACCACUACUAAAUGUGUAAUAAGAUCCAUAAGGUCUGUGCGUGAACUAGGCGUGCGGUAUAACUCUACCCAGUCAUCGGAAAACACCCUCCACUUGAAUCCUCAUGUGUGGGAAGGCUUGCCAGCCGACCGAAUUUUUGAAUUGCACAAUCUCCGCAAGGAUUCGUUGAAGCAAAACUAUAAUCCUAAUGAUGAUGAAAGAAGAGCCAUCUUGUCGACAUUUACUUCGUUAACCAAAAAGAAAGCUCCCUUGGACUAUGUUUACGAAAUCGACAACUUCAAAGAAAGGUAUAUGAAUAACACUCCUGUCAAGUUAAGAGGAUUACCCCCAAAGAAGAGUAAUGUUGAGGUUGUUGCCAGCGGUCAAACUCCACACGACUUACGAAGACGACAGGAGUUGAACCGAGUCAGUGCAUUUGAAAUGCCUUUGUUGGCUAAACUUCGUCAGCCUUAUGUUCCAGAGAGUGAUGAGGAAACCCCAAUUGAGUUGACUUACUAUACUGAUUUCAGCAACGAAGCAAACUCUUCGAACCGCCGGGUGACCUUAUCAGUGGCAUUAAAACACCUACAAUUGAACGAGAAUCAGACCAGAAAAUUCAUGAUUUUGGCCGGAAACAAGUUCAAUCAUAAUACUAAGGUGUUGAAAUUCACCAUUGACGAAUACCCAGAACCAACCCAAAAUGCCCGUGCUGCUGCUGAAAAAUUCGCCAAAUUGUUAAACGCCUCCAAGGACUUAUCUGAUGACUUCAGUGAUAUUCCAGUUGAUACUCGUCACACCAAACCAUGGAAACCAUCAGUACAAUUUCCGAAAGAAUGGAGAAGACCGCAGGAUGCACCAGUUGUCCAAAAUAACAUCAUGAAAAAAUUGGUUGAACACGUGAAACAAAAGAAGGAUGAACAGUAUGUCUCCAAGUUUUCUCCUUAGUCCAUGCAUCCUUUCAUCUUCUUGUAUAUAUAUAAUAAACAAAUGUACA